AUGCAGAGCACCACGAGGUCGAGGGACCGGUGCGGCUGGAAGGAAUCGGACUACUCCCAGGGCGACUGGCGCAUCCCGUUCGGCUACGACUUCUCGCGGAGUACCAGCGAAAACUACCGCGUGAGACACGGCAACAUCAACGACGAAGACGGUGGCCGGGACGCGGGCAAGGUGUCGGAUUACUACGCCGUGAGAGCGACACGGGACCACAGCUAUCACGGGCAUUACACCCGCCAGCGGCAGCUGUUCCAAGACUCCCUGGUGAACAAUGUGGUGGGGGCGUCGUCCCGGAAGGAGCACCCGUGGAUCGUUUUUACGGCGGGGGCGAUGGGUGCGGGAAAAUCCCAUACCAUUAACUGGAUGUCGGAAAAGGGUUAUUUUCCCCUACCGGACAUCGUUACCGUAGACCCCGACCUGUUCAAGGCCUCCUUUCCGGAGUGGCCCGAGUACCUCCGGCACUGCCCUGAUACGGCAGGGUCCCUCACUCGGCGGGAGAGCGGCUACCUGGUCGAGAUUGCUCAGGAGGUGGCGAUGAGUCAGAUGAAGAACAUCUGGGUGGACGGGUCGCUCCGCGAUAGCAAGUGGUACGAACAGGUCUUCGAAGACAUCCGCAAGACCCAUCCGACGUACCGCAUCGCGAUCUUGUACGUGCACGCGAGCGAGGAGCAGGUGCUGGAGAGGGCUAGGAGACGAGCGGAGGAAACGGGCAGGGUGGUGCCGGAGGCGGAGAUCAAGGACUCGCUCUACCGCGUGCCCCGGACCGUGGCGAUGCUUAUGCCCAGGGCGGAUUUCGUGGCGCACAUCAAGAACGACGGCGACCAGCCAAGGCUAACGGGGUUCUGCGACUGGAAGGGCUGCCAUCGUAACGUCCUGGGGGGAUGGAACGAGGUCAAAGAUCGCUUCGCCACGCUCCCGGAGUUCAGCGACCGGACGAUGUGGACGGCCAUCGUCGAGCGCAACAUCUCCAUGCCGGGAGUGUUGGUGUUCUCCAAGACCUACUGCUCCUUCUGCGCGAAGCUCAAGGCGCUCCUGCGCGAACUCCGCAUCCCCUUCCGCACUGAAGAGCUAGACAAGACGCAAGGGGGUGCCGCUAUGCAGCUGGUGCUUGCAUCGAGGCCAACAUCGCGCUGUCUUACCGUGCCGCAGCUCUUCGCCGGAGGAAACUUCAUCGGAGGUUGCUCCGACGCCCUGGUGCUCCACGCCCAGGGGAAGCUGGAGCCCCUCUUGAGAGCGGCCGCCGGGGAGGCGUUGCGGGGCGGGGAGGCGGCGCUAGCGCCCCCUGCCGGGUCGGCGGCGGUGGAGGCGGCGGAACGGCGGAGAGGCAAGAAGAAGGGCUGCGUCGAGAAGGCGGGGGAACCUCCGGUGGAUAGAGGAGACCGCCCCCCCUUGAAUCGGUCUCUCUCGGCAUGAUGAUGACGAUGAUGGGAGAUGGGUGUCGUCGAUGCUUCAAGCGCACGUAUUGUGAACUUUUUGUGUUUAUCUGCUUUGUUUUUUGUUGUUGGCGGGCGAGCAGAGGCGGCGGUAUCGCGCGCUGUUUAGUGUCUUGUUGUAUAAACCUUGCGUUCUUUUUUUUUUUGUUCGUUCUCGUUUUGGCAGGGGCAGGCAGGCAGGCAGGCCGGCAAGCAGGCGGCAGUGUGUGUCAGUGUUCUCGCGUGUGGCUACCGGUGCGGUUGUUCGUGACAUUGUUGUUGAUGUUGUUGCUGUGUUUUGUUGGUGUUGCAGAGCCCGUCUAAUAGUCUCGAUCGAGGCCUUACCGUUGGCGUUGUAGAAAAUUUUGCUCUGGGCCCGUCUCCGUUUGUGCCUAAAUAAAUAUGGUAAUGUUCAUGUCUUGCUUUUUUCAUUUUUUUUGUGCAAGGUUGAGGAUGUAAGGGGGGCGCCCUUCGCUAAGUUCAAGUGAUGUGAUUCCUUCGGUUCAGCUCUCGAUUCUUGUUGACACAGGGAUAAAGCCUGUUUUGUUGUGUGCCCUACAAAAAAAAUCAAGAAACGACAGGAGGAGCGUUGGUACCAAAACUGAUGUUUACGGGACCCCCGUUGUUCGGUUGCACGGCUGAAAGCAGCCAGCUGGCGUAACCUCGCGGGGGACACGUCGGUACGAAACUCUUGCGACGGUGCCACAACGGCGGUGUAUAAUAGCAACACACUUUCGCACGAAGCUUGAGCUCCCCUUCCCCCCGUUUUGGGAGUUGUUGUUUAGUUCAGGCCUUGCAUGCAUGCCCGCUUCUGUUGUAUGGUUGUAUCGAUGUACCUUGCCUGGAAACUAUGAAGGGAGCUGUUCCCUCCCAACACGAGGCACGGGAAUGAGAGAGAGAAGACGUGAGGGUCUCGAAAACAUUGAAAACAUUGAAAAACAUAACAUCGAAGCGAACCACCGGGACUGGACGGAGAGUGGGAAGGUGCGAGCAGAGACCCUCUUCUGUUCUAACCACCACCACGACCACAACCAUCCGUCCAUCGCCGAUAUUUUUGCGAGUUGCAGAUACCCCUCCUUCGUGCCACAUGCGAGACGGUAGGAUUCGCUGGUGGUUACAAUCUGACUUCGUUGUUUUCCAUGUUGGUCCUCGUUCGCAUCACCACCCCCUGGUCAAUGUGCCUCUGCCCUAUACGCACAAGCAUUAUUUGUCCCGCCUAAAACUGACGUCUAAUUCAGACCGUUUCGCGAGGUCGAUGCUAACACAAAGAACUACACACACACCGCUUCUUCAUUCUGAAUCCCCGACUGAACCCUGUCGUCCGACCUCCUCCUCUGCCAACCCCCUUGCCCGGAAAGCCCGAUGAAUGGGAAAGUUUUUCCGGUUUCUUUGUGCGCUGUGCGCUGUCAGACUGACGUUUGUUCACCGAUCAGUCGGUUGGCGCCGUCGUCGCUAGACACACAAAAACACACACACACACACGCUGGACACUGACGUAUUUUCAUUGGUCAGACGCAUAUUUCGGUGUAUGUAUCCGAACAAAAAAAAAGGCCCAGAUCACCGCCACUACGAUCUUGGCACACUUUUCCUGUCACGCCAUCAUUUUUUUUCCCGCAACGUGUGCAAACUCGUACCUAUCGUGUUCGCCUGCUGAUGUUUCGACGGACGAUGCCCCACACAGCCUUUUACGUCGGCGUCAAGUCCUCACUCGCAAAAAAAACAAAACAGAAACUUCUGUGUGACCCCGGCUGAUAUACUACGUCAAACGUAAACACCGAAAGGCGCGUGGGCUGGCGCCUGAAUGGAUGCGGCGGACGCACACAAACACAACAGCAGUGCACGGUUUCAUUUCUCAGCACUCACUCCUACAAUGCAAAACAUUUGCGGUCAAUUGUCUGA